CCCACCCCCUCUCGCCGUCCGCCGCUACUCCCCUGCUCGCCUCCGCUCUUUAGGGUUUUCUCUUUUUUCGGGGGAGAAAUCUCAAGAGGCGGCAUCAUGCUCGUGUACCAGGACAAGCUUUCCGGCGAUGAACUCCUGUCGGAUUCCUUCCCGUACAGGGAGCUGGAGAACGGUGUGCUCUGGGAAGUCGAUGGCCAUUGGGUCGUUCAAGGAGCAGUUGAUGUGGACAUUGGUGCCAACCCCUCUGCUGAGGGUGGUGGUGAGGAUGAGGGUGUCGAUGACCAGGCCGUGAAGGUGGUUGACAUUGUUGACACCUUCCGUCUUCAGGAGCAACCUGCUUUUGACAAGAAGCAGUUUAUUGCUUACAUCAAGCGCUACAUCAAGAACCUCACUGCCAAGCUUGAAGGUGAGGAGCUAGAUGCUUUCAAGAAGAACGUUGAGUCUGCCACGAAGUAUCUUCUUAGCAAGCUCAAGGACCUUCAGUUCUUUGUGGGCGAGAGCAUGCAUGAUGAUGGCAGCGUGGUGUUUGCCUACUACAGGGAGGGAGCUGCUGAUCCAACUUUCCUCUAUUUCGCUCAUGGGCUGAAAGAGGUCAAGUGCUAAUCGCACUGUAUGCUAAUAUCUAUGUGGUCGUCAGUAUUUUUGCUCUGCUCUAUGGUUGUCAGUCGACUCUCCAAUGCUUGUGUCAGUAACUAUCAGAUGUUGAGUAUCUUGAAAACUUUGUGAUAAUCAUGGGAUUUGCUUUGUAAUGGUAAUCGUGAAAUUUGUGUGGUUGUGUUUUGGUCAAUGCCUCAGCGUUUACUCACUCGCUAGUUGAAUCAAAGAGAUUUUGCUGUGGAA